UCUACUGUGCUGCUCUGUUUCUACAAUGCAUGUGCCUCUUCUAAUCCUGUAGCUUGUGCCAGGCAGGAAUUACGCUGGCUGCUUGCCAUUAUUGCUGUUGUUUCCUCUAUGAAUAAAACUUGUUCAUGAAUGGACUAAUGUUUUAGAUCUAGCCGCCUGUAACACUGGGAGAGGAUUAUAAUAAGACUUUUAAAAGUUUACAGGGCCGACUGCCAUUGUAAACAGGUGAUAUCUGUGUUUAUUAUAUCAUUCAUGUCUAUUGUAUGUAAUUAGUUACAAAAUAUUUGUAUUUGUUAUUAGUUACACUAAUUAAUUGUUUAACACCCUAUAAAGAGCUUAUUUAUUAUGAGCGAUGAAUGAUAUGAAUGAUUUAUUAACAGUUUAUGAAUGAAUUACCGAUAUCAAGGUUUUGUGGCCUUCACCCCAUUUGCGGGCGGAAUAGAUCAAACUCAGUGGAGACUUAUAGACAUUUGACAGCUGCGCAGGUUCACACCCAUGGUGUGGAGACUUCACAGUCAUUUCCCAAUGCUGUGUACUCUGAUUCACCAAAGUAUCAUUUUUAGUAUCAUCUCCCCCUAUACAGUCACUCUGUGAACUUUCGUAUGCUAUUCUUUUUCACAAUCCGACGACAUCGGCCAGGUGAACUUUGACCUCUUUCUAAUACAUCUGGGCAGAUGGCCCUGUGUUCCACCGACAUCGAUGCUCUCAAGCUUCGGUUGAGCAUUGCACAGUGUAUGAUGGGUGAAAUCUGCCUACCAUUCAGGGAAACACAUUUGACAUGUUUAGUUGAGUGGAAUACAUCCUCGCCUAUAGUUUAAACGUACAAUGACUCACUAUGUACAACAGUAAUAAAUCCAAAGGUGUGUAUGAUGCAAUCAAUUUAAUCAGUCAGUCAACCUUUAAUCUGAUGAUGUAAAUGUGGCGGCUGGCAACACACACAACUACUAAUAAAUGACUUAAUACUAGGGAAAUGACAGUCUACUACAACAACAUUGAAGUCAACACGUGACGGCUGUAAUGGAAACACGACAGCUAUGUCCGAGGAGGUAUCUGGGUCAGGAAAACGUUCCGUGAAUCCCAUGGAUCUGAAUGCACAUCACUUAAACCCUGAGGUGUGACUGGGGGAAGGGAGUCUGAAGGGAAGGACGGUUUCAUUUCCCUUGCAGGGUUCUUCCAUGGCGACGUCUACCCCCUUCCUGCUCCUGGUGCUCCACCUGUGCAGCGGAUCCCUGGGCCAGCCUCCGGAAGACCUCACCAUCAGCACGCUGAACGGGAAGGUGCGAGGGACCCGUCUGUCCGUCCUGGGACACGACGUGAGGGCGUUCCUGGGCGUUCCCUAUGCUAAACCGCCACUCGGGGAGCUCCGGUUCCGAGCCCCCAAGCCCGCAGGGAAAUGGGAAGGGGUGAAAAACGCAGCCAAUUUCUCGAAUACCUGCUAUCAGCUGCCGGAUACACUCUUUCCAGAGUUUAGUGGGGCAGAGAUGUGGAACCCCAAUACACCAGUGAGUGAGGAUUGUCUCUAUCUCAAUGUCUGGACCCCACAUCUCAAAGGCAAAUCACAAACAUUGCCUGUGCUGGUGUGGAUCUAUGGAGGCGGGUUCACCUCAGGGACUUCCUCCUUGGCCCUGUACGAUGGACGCUUCCUGAGCCAAUCAGAAAACGUGGUGGUGGUGUCAAUGAACUAUAGGCUCGGGGCGCUGGGCUUCCUUUCGCUUCCUGAAAACGAUAAUAUCCGUGGCAACGCAGGCUUACUGGACCAGCAGCUAGCUCUCCGCUGGGUCGCAGAUAACAUUGCAUUUUUUGGAGGUGACUCCUCAAAGGUGACUCUGUUCGGGGAGAGUGCCGGAGCAGCGUCGGUAGGCUUCCACCUCCUGGCCCCCAGCAGCCACGGUCUGUUCCACCGGGCCAUCCUCCAGAGCGGCGUCCCCACCGCGCCCUGGGCCAGCCUCAGCCAGCGAGAGACUUGGAAGAGGAGCUUGAGCCUGGCGUCUCUCCUGGGCUGUCCCCGGUCCCCUGCUGCUGAUCUGGAGCGCUGUCUCCAGAGAGUCGACCUUGUGGACAUAGUGACCGAGCAGUUCCAGGUGUUGACUGAGGCCUCCAUCCUCGGGUUUCCCUUCGCACCGUCCGCCGAUGGGCUUUUCCUACCUGACGAACCAGAGGUGUUGCUCAAGACUGGCAACUUCAAGAAGAUUGAGGUGCUUUUCGGUCUGAACCAGAAUGAAGGGACGUACUUUCUAGUCUACGGCAUGCCUGGCUAUAGUCUCGCUGGCGAGAGCCCCAUCAGUAGGAAGUUGUUUAUUGAAGGCAUACCACUCGCACUACCAGGAACCAACAACGUCACAAAAGAGGCAGUCAUUUUCCAGUACACCAGCUGGAGUGAGGUGGACAAUGAGGUGAAGAACAGAGAUGCCAUGGGUGACCUGUUAGGACAUCAGUUCUUCAGUUGUCCCACAUUAGAGUUUGCACGCAGGUAUUCCGAGCACGGAGGAAAAGCAUUUUUCUAUCUGUUUGAUCACCGCUCAUCUGCCAACCCCUGGCCAGCAUGGAUGGGUGUGAUGCAUGGCUACGAGAUAGAGUUUGUCUUUGGGAUGCCGUUGAAUGCCUCUCUUAAAUACACAGAGAGGGAAGUAAACAUGAGCAGGAGCAUCAUGAAGCAGUGGGCCAACUUCGCCCGGACAGGAAAUCCAAGCAACAGCGGAGUUCCAUGGCCCCUAUUUCAGGCAGAAAGCCAGUUCUAUCUGACUCUGAACACCAACCAGCCUCUACAAAGGAGCAAGAUGAUCGCUCAACAGUGUCAAUUUUGGACCAAUUUAGUACCAAAGAUCCAAGGAGUGUCAGAAGCUCUCGACUCUUGCAUGGAAUCGUCUGGGACUCUGGGCAGCAGCUGUAACUUCCUCAUCGUUGGGAUGAUGCUCCUUACAUUCUCCUUGCGGAUUGCGUAAACAGCGAAUUCACCAGCAAACAGCUAGCUGAUGCCCCUUCAAAGAAUUAUGGUAAUAAAGUCAAAUCAUAAGUGUAUUAUUUUUCUAAAAUAUUUUUAAAAUGAUAGCAAGGACUGC